AUGUCAGUACCAAAAACUAUGAAAGCUGUUUUUGUCGAGGCUGGAGAUGAACCAGUCUUAAAAUCAAAUGUACCGUUACCAAAAGUAAAGGACGGUCAUCUUUUAUUGAAGACCAAGGCCGCAGCCGGUAAUCCAACUGACUGGAAACAUGUUGUGCACAAAAUGGGCGGUGUGAAUUGUGUAUUAGGUUGCGACGUUGCAGGUGAAAUUGUCCAAUUGGGUCCAAAUGUCGAUGAAAAGAAGUUCCGCGUUGGCGACAACGUCUAUGGUUUCAUUCACGGCGCAUCAGCAAAUUGUCCAGAAAAUGGUGCCUUUGCUGAAUAUGCUGUCUUAGAUUCUAAGUUAGCUUUCAGAGCCCCAACCGAUAUUAGAUUCAGUGGAAAAGAGAAUAUUCCGCCUGGUCCAAUUACCACUUUUGAAGGGGCCGCGUCUAUUCCAUGCUCCUGGGGUACUGCUGGUGCCACCUUAUUCCAUCACUUCGACUUAAAGUACGAUUGGUCUGAAGACAAGCCACAAUACGAUUUUCCUCUUUUGGUCUGGGGUGGUGCCACGGCGUUGGGUCAAGCUAUUAUCCAAUUAGCAAAGAGAUUCAACUGUUACAGUAAAAUUAUCACAGUUGCGUCCAAGAAACAUGAAGCACAAUUAAAGGCAUACGGUGCUGACGAAGUAUACGACUAUCAUGAUGGAGAUAUUAUCGAACAAAUAAAAAACAAAUACUGCAAUAUUAAACAUCUAUUGGAUUGUGUUUCUUCCACUGAGACAAUCCAACAGGUAUAUCAAUGUUCCCCGGAUAAAGAAGAAGCUAUUGUGUUCAACUAUAUGAGUAUGACUGAGAGUGUUAUCAGACCAGAAAUAAAAAAGAGUAAUGUGAAAGUUGAUCAUACCGUGAUUUACUUAGCAUUAGGCCUUGACAUUGUCCUCUUUGGGAGCAUUAUUCCAGCUAACAAAAAAUACAGGGACGACUCUGUUAAGUUUGUCGAGGUUAUUAAUGAACUUUUCUUGAAUGGUGAGUUCAAACAUGUUCCAGUCAAAGUUUACAAAAAUGGUUUGGCUAGUACUUUAGAAAUGACAGAUGAUAUCAAAAAUGGUAGAAAUUCUGGUGAAAAACUAGUAGCUAUAUUUAAUUAG